UCCUUUUCCACACCACACCUCAAGAUACCCCCCUUUGCAAACGCAGUAGUUCACCAAGGAGUAAACCUCAAGCAAAAACACGAACCACCAAUCAAUCUUACCUACCAACGAAAACCAAAACCCCUUCACCACAAAACACCACAAUCAUGCCUGUCGGUAACAACGACCAGAACUCCGGCGUCACCGGCGGCGCCAAGUUCGUCACUUCGGCCCUCGGUAACACCGUCGGAGGUGUCACCAAGACCGUCGGCAACGUUACCGGCGCCGCGACCACCGGCCUCGGCGACACCAUUACCAACGCCACUGGCUCUGCCGGCCGCCCCGUCGGCGAUGGCCUCACCAAUCUCGGCCAGGGCCUUGGCGGCGCCCUCAACCAGGUUGGCAAGGGCGUCGAGGACGCUGGCCAGUGGAAGAGGUCUUAAGGAAUAUGCGGAUAUUGGGGAGAAAUGAGUUUCGGGGGUUCUUUGCUUGUGUUACUAGGAGCGUUCAUGAAUCCAACCGCUCGGAAGGAAUUGAUGUUGUUUUAACCUGUAAGAAUGCUGUUGUACGCCGUGAUGACGUUGUGCUCUAUUUCCCAACACCACUCACAAUCAAAAAAUUUGACGCUGCCCUUAUCACAUCACACAUGA